UCCGUGACCAUGGCGACCCAUCUCAGUUCCAACCACCAGGACCCGUAGGCAUGAACCUGCCCGUCUCUUGACACCCCAGGAUGCAGGAGGUCGGGGGAAGGCAACUGUGCAGAGCUAGGACCGACUGGGAAGUCGAGGUCGUCAAAGGGAAAGUAUCCAGCCGGUGCUUCUGGAACGCCUGUAAAGCACUUUCUUUCGGACUAUUGCUCAUGUUCAUCGGAACUACUAUGGCCAUACUCGGCUACUACGCGGAUCAGCUGUCGGUCGGCCAGGAAAUGAGAGGAAACACGACUGUCAGGAUAAAACACGAAGCGAGGGGUUUUCACCUCAACAACCUCUCGUACGCAGGACCGAUCGUCAUGGGAGUUGGAGGUUUUAUUGUUGUAGCGGCUUGCGUUAUGACGUUCGAGGCGCGUGACUCGGCAGCGAAGGUGGUGCCGACGCCGAGGACGAGGCAGCCGAGUUCUUACCCGGCCCGCAACAAAUCCUCGAGGAUGCAGGGGAGCGUGCGGUCCGGUGGGGACAGCAGGAGGUCCACGUCCUGCCAAACGAAAUGGGAAGGCAGGGCGUCCCCGGCACCGAGUGACCAGAUAUCCAGGAGAGCUCUGACGGCGGCUUUCGUCCAGUUCUCCAGGGAGCUCGGCUCAAGACCUCAGGUCUCGGGCUUGAACAAAAGCCCUUCGGCCCCCGACCUCGUGGCCCAGCCUCCGCCUCGACUCUUGCCGACUUCCUGCGCCCUCCUCAGCCCGCAUUAUCUCCUGCAGAGGCAGGCCCUGAGCGUAGAUAACCCGGACUACGGAGCCUGCUUCUCGCCGACCGGCAGAGGCGGGAGCCGGCAGAGCCUGGAACUGGCAGCCGCGAUGGGAAGAGGAUCGCAAGUCUCAAUGGCGAUGGACCUCCACCUGGAAUGUCCCGUCACCCUGCGAGUGAGGGACCGGACGAGGAGGAUCGACUCUAGAAGACUGGUGCGGCAAAGACCUGUCGAAAACGACGACUACGACACACACUCCUGGUCGCCGCGGUACUUAUCGAGGGAUGAAGAAAUGAUGCCUGUGAUCUCUAGGUCGACGCCCCACUCGAGAAGAGAGUCGAUGGCCAAGACGCCAUCCCAAGGCAGCACUGAAUACAGAUCCAGGGCGAACACGGCGGAUUCCGUCAAAAGACGAAGAUCCAGAGAAAUGAGGAGGAAAUCUUGCUCCAGGUCUAUUUCGGACAGGUCGGAUCGAGCAUCACCGCUCGACGACCAGCACGAAAUCGUCGUCGUAGACCCAGAAGAAACAUAAAACAGAGAAAGUCUUUUUUCCAGCACUGCGUCGAAAAAGAGCAGCUUUGCGUACUGUCUCCUGAAUAUGGCAAAAGCAACUUUUCUACUCAAAAUACAAUUACAAGCCGACUUUUCAGGGUGUACUGGCGAUGACAUUAGAAGAAGUGUAGAAAGCUGUUAGAAGUCUGUGUUAGCUGAUCGUUUCAAGUUUUCAGUUAAAGAUUGUCAUUUUAAAUCAUUUUAACUCAAAGGGUUCCAAUGCAAUUUUACCAUAAAACAAGAUUUUUUUGCAAACUCCAUUGGACUUUCAUAUAUGGGAUUUUGUUGAAUUGUACAAUAGAAAGAACUUAUACAGAAUAAUGUUUGGGGAAAUUUGAGCAAGAGGGUGAACUAGCGAGAUUUUCUUGAAAAGAAGUUUUCCAAAAGGGUAUUUUACUCUAGUAGUUUAGUCAUUAUCACUAAUCAUAACAAUGAAAUACCUAAAUGUCUAAAUGUCUAGUCUCACACUAUUACUAGUAAGAUAUAAACCAUAACAAUAAUUUUAGAUAAUAAAACGAUUAAGACUUCCAUGUUAGAGAGGUAAAUAUAAAAAGCUCUUCCAAUCAGGGUUGAAGAAAAGUUUUAACGUUUUUUGUAGUGUGUAGAAGUUUUAUUAUACAAAUACGGUAUUAGUUUUGAUUUGAAUUAUCUAGGAACAGAGAAAUAGUCUGGAAGCCGUCCGGGAAAAAAUAUCAAUAUCGGUAAAACAUUGGGUGGAAUUUUAGAAUCAGAAUUUUUUCUAAUAAAUUGUAUCAUAAAAAUUGUCAUAAUAAAAUUUCCUAAUGGGCAAAGUUUCACGACUGAAAUUUUAAAUCGACUGAAAGGUGAUCGGGUUAUUCAGAAGUGGCACAAACACCCUUGUUAAUCAUAUCUCAAUGGCACUCGUGAAUAUGGGAAAAAAAAUUUAAAAAUUUAUUAGCAAAUCAUUAUCAUAUAAAUAUCUGUGAUAUUCACUGUUUGUGUUUAUAUGUUUUAUAAUUGUAUCAUUGAUUAAUAUUUAA